AUGUCUGGAGACGAUCUGGGAGCAUGGCUUAAGGCAGCUGCAGAAAACAAGAUUACCACAAAGAACACGUGGAAGGCAACGCUGAUAGAUCACUUCACAAAUAUAGAUGAAUUCAAAGAGCGGCAUGGAAUCAACUUCCAGAAAGCAGGCUGUGCUCUUGAUGGAUGUGUUAAGGUUUAUUCGACACGAGUUGACGAUGUCUCUGAGAGUGCAAUGAGGCUUCUUGAGGGAUUUGGAGGAGAUGAUGCGUUAAGGAAGCGCCAGAUAAAGAGGCAAGCAAAAGUAACCAUUGAAAAAAACACAGGAAAUCUGAAUGUGAAGAUUUCAAGGACACGAUACGACACUGAUUCUAAGUUUGCACAUCUUUCAUCUCUACCGGAAAGUUCGAUGAUGCUGAGCAGUCUGGGUGUUUCUACGGAUGGAGUUUUGAGGAUGGCAUCAUAUGUAAAUGAAGGCAAGAAAGCAGUGUUAAUAGAGGACAUUGAAGUGAGUGUGAAUGUGCCUUGUGACGGAAUGCUGAUAUCGCCAAGUAUCACCAGUGACAACGAAGUCAAGGCUAUUGUCUUUGAACCAAUUGAGAUUGUGAUGCCUGAUUGCGAAGAGUCUGGAGGGUUUAACGAUAUGCUUGAGCUUGAGAAUAUUCCAGUGAUUAUGAACAAUCAGAGGCCGGUGUUUAGCGAGACGUCGUUUUCAUACUUCAAGGGAUGGGCAGGGCCUGGAUGCUGGAAGGUAAAUGCCAGGACAUAUGGAAGAAAAGGCAAGAGAGAGGGAAGCAAUAAGCAAAAAGAAACGGCAUGUGUGGACUUUACGGAGUCUGUGGACAGAGAAUGGAUUAUGGAAUCAGGAAACACGCUAUUUGAGCCAGCAUGCAUAGUUGAGCGUAGAGAAAAGCAGCAUCUACUGCCUCAGGACUACAGUUUGAAGACACGAGACUUAUAUAAGUACAUCGUGAUGGAUGGGAUGUUUUGCAUGAAUGCAGAGGAGGGGUUGCGAGUAGGAAAUAGAUCGUUUGAUUGCUCGUUUGUACAGAGCAUAGUAGAGGAGCCAAUAGAUGAAGCCAUUGACAUGAAUAUGCAGAGCGAGCCAGGGGCGAGGCCACAGAUUGAAAAAGAAGGAGGGAUGGAAGCAGGCAGAUAUGCUUUUAGAAAAGCAACAAAGAGAGUUGAUAUUAAGAGGCUGAAUGACAAUGUGUUUGGAUGCAUGAAAAGCAAAGGAUGCACAGGCCUUGCAUCAAUAUUCAAAGGGGUAUGCAGUAUGUACAAUGAUAGCGAGUGCAAAGACAUUUCAGUGCAUUUGUGUUUUCUGUCUCUUCUUCAUCUUGCAAAUGAAAGGAAUGUUUGUCUUAGAAGCGUGAAUGAUGAUGUGGAGGCGCUUAUACCGGCCUGA